UGACGGUUUUUGUUUGUUAUCUCUUUCAUGGCCAUCCAUGCUUAUGAAUUCCAAUAUGGAAGCCCACAAUUUGCUCCCACUGUUCCCAUCAUUUGCGCCGUCUGUAUGAGUUCUUUGGGAGGGUAAAUUGUUUUUCUUUGCCUCUGAAUGAAGAUAAUCCUUUUGACAGCUUUCUCAUGUUUAAACCUUUGUCCUUGAUUCCAGCUAUUCAACUUUCUCUUCUUUUAUGCAACACUCCAAAGCUUCUCAACAACCUCUCUGCCCAUUUUUCUAUCAUAGUCUUGUGCCUUUGUUUGCCUGUUUUGUGUCUUCUUCUCCGUCAAAACCAGCCAGGUUUUCCUCUGCUUCCUCUGUUUUCCCUGCAGAGAAUAAAGAACAUUCUGUCUCUGAUCACUGAAUUUUCUCGGAAUAAUUCAUCCAUAAAUCUUUGCAAAAGCAAAGCUGCUGCUCUUAUGUCUUUUAUAUUCCUCGAAAUCCACAGAAUUCUAGUCAUGCUCCUUUGUUGACUUGUUAUGGUUCAACAAAUCUUUGUCAAUGUUUUAGACUCAAAUGUUCUUCUUCGCCCACCAUAGUUGAAUCUUUUUUUACUUAGACCACUAAGUGUUCCCAUUCUUGAAUUGCUCCAAGUCCUCCAAAAUCCUCUUGACAAGCCCUUUUUUCGCUUAUAUGUUUUGAUUUUUGGGUGAGAAACACACAAGUUGUUGUUGUGAUCAUGAUGUGCUCGGAAACAAGUCCUAGGCUAUCAUUUUCGCAUGAUCUAGGCCAAGCAGAUGAUUUACCCAUCGAACUCGAUGAAUCGAGAAGGGAUACAAUGCUUUUGGAGACAUGUUCUGAUUUUGAGUUCAACAUCUGCAGCUUUGAGCAGCAAUCUUCUCCAGCAGAUGAGCUAUUUGCAAAUGGAAUGAUACUUCCUGUCAGGCUUCAAGAGAGACAAAGAGUCCAAAAAUGCGAACUCCCACCUCCCGUUUCGCUUCCUCCACGUCCGAAACCAUCCACAGCUGGGGAUUCGAAGAAAGACAGCAUGGGGCAGAUAAGGCCUGCGAGUUCUGAUUCGGAAGAGAAGCCACAGUCCAAGUCCUUUUGGGGUUUCAAGAGAAGUAGCAGUCUCAACCGUGAUAUUAAAAAGAGCUUAGUUUGCUCGUUACCACUCCUUUCUCGAAGCAAUUCAACGGGUUCAGUUCCAAAUCCUAAACGCUCUUCGAUAAAGGAUAUUAACAAGCAUACUUCACAAAAGCUUUCAAUGACAAAGUCAUCAUCCUCAUCAUCAUCAUCAUCAUCAUCAUGCUGUUCUAGUUGCAAUGCUUAUAAGUUUCCGCAGAAGCCUCCUUUGAAGAAAAACCAUGGGAAUUCUUAUGGCAGUGGUGUUCGAAUCAGUCCUGUGCUGAAUGUGCCACCUCCUUACAUCUCUAAAGGAACAGCAAGUCUCUUUGGUUUAGGUUCUUUCUUACGCAAUGGCAAAGGCAAGAAGAGCAGGAAAUGAAUUUUCAGUCCACAAAUUUCAAUCAAGACUAUCUGAAAUUUUUUUUAGAUUGUCUAGAUGAUGCUGAUUCCUUUGCUGAUCCAAGUCAUGUCAAACAACCUGGAAGAUUGUAUCAGACUCGACCAGAUGGAAUCUGAGAGAGAUCUUAGUUGUACAGGACAAAUACCAUAAUUCAAAAGAAGAAAGAUUUUGGGAAGUAUGUUCAGGCACAUCUCGAAAUUGUCACAAGCUUAGGAGACAGAAAAACAGCAAAUUGGCUUGGCAGAUUGUGAGAAUGGUGUUAGGCCAGGAACAAAGCAUUUUUCACUGUACCUCAUCAUUUCCAUAAAGUAGUGAUUUCUUUGCUGGGGGAUCAAGAUUCAAGCCUCCUUUCCAUCAACCAGAAUCAUAGAAUUAUUCA